AAAAUUUUGUUUUGCAGAGUGUUUCUCUUGCCGUGAUCUAAAAACGUUGUACGUACGCAAUCGCAAUCCAAUUGGCGAGCCGUGGGCAAGUGCAACAAGUGAAAGCCAGUUAAACAGAUAGAAUGCCACCUGUGCAAGUCCAGGCCGUGAACAUGUCGCUGGGUGCAAUGCAUUGCACGCGUUGCGCCGACGGCUUCGAGCCCACCGAGAAGAUUGUCAACUCCAAUGGAGAGCUCUGGCAUACGCAUUGUUUUGUCUGCGCUCAGUGCUUCCGACCAUUCCAGGAUGGGAUCUUCUACGAGUUCGAGGGCCGCAAGUACUGCGAACGUGACUUCCAUGUACUCUUCGCCCCCUGCUGCAACAGGUGCGGGGAAUUUGUCAUCGGACGCGUUAUCAAGGCGAUGUCCGCAAGCUGGCAUCCGCAAUGCUUCCGCUGCCAGUUGUGUGCCAAGGAGCUGGCCGACAGCGGUUUUAUCAAGAAUCAGAAUCGCGCUUUAUGCCACGAGUGCAAUGCCAAGGUGAAGGCAGAGAUCACCGGUCGCUAUGUAUGCCAAAAAUGCCACGGCCUUAUUGACGAGGAGCCACUGCGUUUCCGUGGCGAGGUCUACCAUGGCUAUCACUUCAGUUGCACGGCCUGCGGCACCGAACUCGAUUCCACGGCGAGAGAGGUGAAGAGCCGCCCGGGGCUGGCGGCCAACGAUAUGAAUGAAUUGUAUUGUCUCCGCUGCCAUGAUAAGAUGGGGAUACCUAUUUGUGGGGCCUGCCGUCGGCCGAUUGAGGAGCGUGUGGUCACUGCAUUGGGCAAGCACUGGCAUGUGGAGCAUUUUGUGUGCGCCAAGUGCGAGAAGCCUUUCCUGGGGCAUCGGCACUACGAGAAGCGUGGCCUGGCCUACUGCGAGACGCAUUACCAUCAGCUCUUUGGAAAUCUUUGCUUUGUCUGCAACCAGGUCAUUGGCGGCGAUGUGUUCACGGCCCUCAAUAAAGCCUGGUGUGUGCAUCAUUUUGCCUGCUCUGUGUGCGACACGAAAAUGACUCAGAAAUCCAAGUUCUAUGAGUACGACGAGAAGCCCGUGUGCAAAAAGUGCUACGAACGCUUCCCGAACGAGCUGCGGCGCCGCCUCCGCACUGCCCACGAGAUGACAAUGAAGAAAAACGUCUAAAUCGAGUUCAGUCAAAUCCUGGGGCUGCUGCAUGCCAAUCCACACCAAAACAGUGCCUUUUGUCGUUGUAUUCUCUCUCCGUUUUUGUCUAUGUCUAACAUCCUAACAGCAUGUCCUGCUUUGUGUAACCCCGCCCCUUAUUUCGUGUGUGUAAUUUCUAAUGUAAAAAACUUUAAUCAACGGCAGCUAAACGCUAAGAAAAACAGACGAAACAGAUGAAUGUAUUAACAGCUU